AUGACUUCAGUUACAAAUAAUACCGACGAACAAACACUUACAGAUACAACAAUGCUAUAUGCUCAAGAAUCACAUGGUGAUAGCAAUGAUAGUAUAGAAGAAAAACCAUUAAUUGGUAAUAAACAAUUUAAUAAAUCAUCAUCAAAUAAAAUUAAACGUAGAAAAUCUUCAUUGUCAAGUAUACCAAAAGAUUUAAUUUCACAUUUAAGAAGAUUAAAUCCAUCAAGUUAUCAUGAAAGGAUAAAUAUUAAUGAAAAUAGUAAUAGUGAUACAACAACCACGGAAAAUAUUUAUGAUAGAUAUAAUAAAUUCUACGAAGAAAAAUCAAAUAGACAUUACGAAAACAAAAACAAAAAUGGCAAAACUUCAUCAUCAUCACAUACAAAUUAUCAAUCUGCUCCUUUUGAAACUGAUACCAUUGAUAAUUGGACACACACAAUUAAUGACUAUUGGUUAAGAGAUACCAAAAUUGAAGAUAUCGAAUUUGAAGAUUCAAGUGAUGAAGAUAUAUAA